UUAAAGGCCACAAUGAGGUAAGAGUAUUCAUUGUAUUAGAGACAAUAGAAAUUUUAUUACUAAGUCUUAGAUAUUAAUGCAAACCUGAUAUGUAAUAGAGUUUAAUGGUGAAAAAUGAUUCAUAUAACUGACUCCACCUAAUUUUAGAUUAAGACUUAAUUGUUAUUGGUGUUGUUGAUAACACCAACACCCUCUCGCAGUUCUUAUGCCUUCCCUCUUCUUCAACUGAAAUCCCAACCCUCACCUCUUUCUCUUCUGUGUCAUCUUCAAGGGCCUCCCACUUUUCCACAUCUCUUGGCAUGUUUCUAUGCUCCUCUUCAACUACUUCUUCACCAUCUCUUUCUUCCUCAACUUUUCAAGUUACUAAUAUUCAAAAUCAUGUUUCUGCUACACUUAUUUCUCCAUUAUUUUAGUUUUCUUAGUUUUCUCCUUUUCAUUUUGUGGCAUGAAGGAUUAGAAGUGCAGGUUGGUUAUUCUUAUUGCUACCGACGCCAUAGCCACAGACCACAGUGACCUUGAUUAGCACUAAUAUAAGCCGGCGUUGUCCACAAAAAUCCUAAGGUAAUAGCAUAGAAAGACAAUAAAAGAAUUUGCAAGAGAAUGUCAGUGUGGGUCCAGAUUUUGAAGACACCUUCGUAGUUGUUGCAGUCCCACAUUUAAAAAUUAUAAAGAAUUCAAACGAGAGCUAAUGCAAACCUUCUCUGCAAUCUAAUCUAAAUAAAUUUUAUAAUUUCUCAAUGAAUAGGUUCCCAACUUAGAUUGGCGGUUUGUUUUCGUAACCAAUGCCCAACUGCCAUGUUCUUCCCUUUCAAAUAUUUUACCCUUGGUUCCCGCCUUAACCACACCGUCAGCUCAUUCCAUCAAUUCAAGUCUCAAACUCACCAAACUCUUCAUUCAAUGCUACUCAAAUGCUCCUCCAUGAAAGAACUAAAGCCAAUCCAUGCCCAAAUCAUCCUUAAUGGCCUCAACAAUGAGACUCUCACUCUCGGCAAGUUAAUCUCUUUCUGCGCUGUUGCUGAUGCUGGCAAUCUGGACUACGGCCAACUUUUAUUUAACCAAAUUCCUGAGCCCAAUAAAUUCAUGUACAAUAGUCUAAUAAGGGGUUACUCUAGUAGUAAUGAUCCCAUAAAGUCCAUAUUAUUGUAUCGCCAAAUGAUUGAUUCUGGCCUUUCUCCAAAUGAAUUCACUCUCCCUUUUGUACUUAAAGCAUGUGCUUCCAAAUCGGAUUAUUGGGUAUCCGUACUUGUCCACGGCCACGCUCAAAAAUUGGGUAUUGGGUCUCAUGUUUGUGUGCUAAACGGCCUGAUAAAUGCGUACGUUGCCUGUGGGUUCAUCCACUAUGCCCGCGAAAUGUUUGAUGAUAUAUCUGAUAGGACUUUGGUUUCUUGGAAUUCGAUGAUUGGUGGGUACGCCAAAGUGGGUUGGUGUAAAGAAUCGUUUUUAUUGCUUAAAGAGAUGAGAGGACUGGGGGUGGAGCCUGAUGAAUUUACUUUGGUUAACUUGCUUUCGAUCUGUUCACAGAGCUGUGAUAUAGUUCUUGGCAAGUUUGUGCAUUUGUAUAUUGAGAAAAGGGGGAUGGAGAAAGAUUUAAUUGUGAGAAACGCUCUUCUAGAUAUGUAUUCCAAGUGUGGGCAUUUGCAAUCAGCUGAAAGAGUUUUUGAGCGGAUGCCUGAUAAAAAUGUGGUGUCUUGGACUUCUAUGGUUAGUGCAUAUGCUAAACAUGGGCUUGUCGAAUUGGCUCGUCGAAAUUUUGACCAGAUGCCAGUGAAGAAUGUAAUUUCUUGGAAUGCAAUGAUUUCUUGUUAUGUUCAGGGAGGCCAAUGCCGGGAAGCUCUUGAUCUGUUCCAUGAGAUGAAUAAUUUGAGAGUGAAGCCUGAUGAGGCUACCCUACUUUCUAUUCUUUCAGCCUGUAGUCAGAUUGGUGAUUUGGUCAUGGGAAAGAAAAUCCACGAUUACAUACAUAGCACUUGUAGUACACCUAGUGUUACUCUAUGCAACUCAAUUAUAGACAUGUUUGCAAAGUGUGGCACCCUUAAGUUCGCCUUGGAUGUCUUUAACAAGAUGCCAAAUAAGAAUUUAGUGUCUUGGAAUGCCAUUAUUGGGGCCCUUGCAUUACAUGGUUGUGGACCAGAGGCAAUCAAGCUCUUUGAAAAGAUGCAAGCUGAAGGUAUUUGGCCUGAUGAGAUAACCUUCACAGGAUUGCUUUCUGCUUGUAGUCACAGUGGUCUUGUAGACACCGGGCGACAUUACUUUGACAAGAUGAGCUCUGUUUAUGGGAUUGUACAUGAAAUUGAGCAUUAUGCAUGCAUGGUUGAUCUUCUUGGGCGAGGAGGUCUCUUGGAUGAAGCUAUUAGUCUAAUAAGAGGAAUGCCAAUGAAGCCUGAUAUUGUGAUUUGGGGUGCUUUACUUGGUGCAUGUAGGAUCCACGGAAAUGUUGAGAUAGGGAAACAAAUCCUAAAACAGUUAUUGGAGUCGGAGCCAUACAGUUCUGGUGUUUAUGUCCUUGUAUCGAACUUGUAUUCUGAAGUUGGAAGAUGGCAAGACAUGAAGAACAUUCGAAAACUAAUGAAUUACCAUGAGAUCAUCAAGUGCAGAGCAAUUAGCUCAGUUGAAGUUGAGGGCUAUGUUUAUGAAUUCAUGGUUGAUGACAAGAGACUCGAAGUUUCAAGCAAUGUAUUCUCCAUUCUUGAUCAGUUAACUGACCAUAUGAAGUCAAUAGCGUACUUUUGCAACAUCUCAAGUCUUUGUUCAGAAACGUCGGAAGUAUAGUGGCAACAAGCCUUGAAAGUACAGUAUGUGAGCAAUAAACAAGAACAACUGCUAUGAACUGUAAGUACACAAACUCACUCAGGAUGGAUAUUUCUUCCUGUCAUUUUUGAAUUCUGUAUUUAUUUAUUACAAGCUUUAUACCGAGA